ACCGAUACACGUUUGUGGACUUCAUUUUCAGAGCGUUCUCGACCUACUUCCCUGAAAGACAAUCCAACAUGCAGGGCGUUUUAGUUGUCGCUCUCUGUCUUAUUGCACAGAUAUACGCCGAAACAACCACCCACAAGCCUCACCACAAUCAUCAACACGAGGCUAAUGAAUUAGACCCUGCCCUCUUCUACUACGAUGGCGCAACCCACCGCCUGGUGAUGAAGCUGGGUAACAACUGUUACAUAGAAAGGAUUACGUCACAUCAUGGCGUAGAUGUUCACACUGAGGACGGCCUCCGAACUGCCGAGACAAAACUGAUGUUGUUGGUCUCCAAAGGAACAAAGACGCCCAUGUCUCAUGAUCAGGUGAACACGUUAAGUCAACAUGUAGAGCACAUGUGCUCAGGCGCGUCUGUCUACACUGUAUCUGCUACUCAUCACCAUCAUCAUACAACAACAAUGGGUCCUCAAAUUUAAUAUGUUAAUGAUGAAGUAAAAAUAAAUUUAAUGGUUGGAUUUGCA